CAUUUUAUGACAGCAGACGACCCAUUUUGUUUGGGUUUUGAGUGUACUGUAUAAGUGUUUUGUAUUAAUAAUGCAAAAUAAAUAUGUGUUAAAAAGUACAAAUAAACAUCGUAUAAUUUUGUUCACAUCAUAACAAUUACAAAUAUUUAAAAUUGUGUUGUUUUCUGGUUUCUCGUAGAAUGGACAAAAAUUUGAAUUGUUUGUAGUUGUCUUUCAGAAAGAGUCGGCUAAAAUGUUACAGUUCUACAAAAUCGUUUGAAGAACUUAUGUUUUAAAGAACAGUUAAAAAUGAAUUCCAAGAAGAUAAAAGAUAUGCUAAGCAACAUUGGAUCAGUAGAAUACCCUACCAAUGUUCCAGUAAAAAAAUCUAGAAAGAAAGGUGCUGAUGUGCUAAAUCAGAAUGCUGCUGAUUCAGGAAAGAAAUCCAAAAAGCGUAAAUUAGGUACUGAACAAACCAAUUCCGUGCCCACUAAAAAGCAAAAGCAUCAAAUUAGCAAUAAUGAAGUAUACAACUCUAAAGAUAGUGAAAAAUCAGUAAUUCAUGAGAAUAUUGAAAACAAUGUGCCAUCAACAAAAACUUCUAAACGCAAAAGUCUUAUCCUUUCUGAAGAAACUCAAACAGAUGGGAAGUAUAUUGAAACUGAUAUAUCCACUAAUUCUGUACAACCCACAAAAGCAGGCAAGAAGAAGAAAAAAAAGGAAAUUGUAAAAGCUGAAACUGAUACAGAGACCAAUAAGAUAGCCAGAGAAGGUGCUUCCCACACAAAAAAUGAUAAAAGUUCAAAAAGUUUAAAUACAUCAAGUAAAGCAGGUGGUCUUGAAGAAGUUCAUAACAGCUCAAAAAGAGUUGAAGUGGAUAUUGUAGAUAUAGAAGGUAAGAAAGUUGACAACGAAAAAAAUGAAAAUGUGGUUACUAUAUCUAUUAAGGAUGUCGAUGGUAUAGAUUCAGAUUGGGAUGAAAAUGAAUUGCUUAGACAACUGGAGAGACGUAUAGAAAAAAAGGAGAUCUCAAAAGAAAAAGGGGUGAACCUUUGGCCUGAUGGUGAUUUGGUAGAAUUAGUGGAAAGGAUGGAAGCUGCUCUGCCGGAGAAUGACAUGAAACCAUUUUUGAGAAGGGCAGAAGUGCUUGAAUGGGAUAAAAUUGCUUUUAAGAAUUACUCCGUUGAGGAGUGUAAAAAGACAUGGUCUGGAGUUUUGAGGAAUAUUAGAAAAUAUCGAAUUUUAAAGGAAGUACUUAACGAUGCUAAAGAGUGGAUACAGACUCCAAAAAAGAAAAAAUCAAAAAAAGUUACAAGGCAUCCUGAUAUGCCAAGAAGACCACUUUCUGCAUACUUCAUUUAUUAUUUAAAGAAAAAAGAUGAGGUACAAGCUCAGAAUCCCGGUAUGGAUGCUACUGAAUUGGCCAAAAUGUGCAGUCAGCAGUUUAAGCUAUUGUCCUCUGAAAAGAUGGCAAAAUAUGAAAAUAUUGCAAAGACAAAUAAAGACGAAUACGACCAAAAAAUGAAAGAAUUUUAUGAAAGAUAUCCUGAACUAAUGGUAGAUACGAAAUCCAAAAAAUCUUCUAAAACCAAACCUCCAAAACCACCAAAACCACCAAAACCCCCAAAACCUCCAAAACCAGUGAAAGAAAAACCUCCUCCGAAGCCACCUAAAGUUCCUAAAGAAAAAGCACCAAAACGAACACUUUCUGCUUUUCAGUAUUACCAAAUUGCUGAAAUGGCUAAAAAUGAAAUGGAAGAUAAAAUUGCUUAUAGAGAUAUUUGUAGAGAAAGGUGGAAGGAGAUGCCAGAUGACAGAAAAAUGGAAUGGAUUACAUACGCCGAAGCUGAAACAGCAAAAUAUGAAGAAGAAGUGCGACAGUAUGUCAAGAAUCAUCCUGAAUAUGUUACUAAUGCACCAAAAUCCCAACUGACAAAAGAGGAACUUCAAGUUAAAGAACGAAUGUCAGGUAGACCUGCAAAACCACCAGUUUCAGCAUACAACGUUUUUUCAAGAAUGAUGCUUCAUUCUGAUGACAUCAAAGACGUUCCAGUAAAGGAUAGGUUGGUUUUUGUCUCUAACCAAUGGAAAGAGUGCACAGAUGAAGAGAAGAAUCACUAUAAAGAUCUUUUCAAUAAAACCAUCGAAAAAUAUAAUCAAGACUUUGCUGCUUAUUUGGAGACUCUUUCCGAAGCAGAAAGAAAUUUAGAAUUGUUGAAAGCUCAACCCAAACAACCCAAACGACGGAAAUCUGAAGUUGAGAAAGUAAAAAGAGAAACUAAAAAGAAGCCAACAAAGAAGGCUGAACAUAAACCAGCAAAAAGAAAAACUGUUAAUAAGUCAGCCGAUAAACCUUCCAAAAAAACACCAGCUAAAUUAGUGGAGCCUGAACAACCGCCCAUUUCUGCCUACAAGUAUUUCGUCAAGUCAUAUAAAGGACAAGAACCGUCCAAAGCGUGGAAGUCGUUGAGUUCGGAAGAAAAGAAAAAAUACGAAGAUGAGUUAGUCCAGGAGAAAAAAAAGUACAUCUUAGAUUUUGAGAAAUUUUUAAAAAGCAUGACCAAAGAAGAAUUAGAGCACUUUUCUAAUACCAGACAAAAAAAUAGGAAGGUUGAAGAGGAAGAUGACGACGAGGAAGACGACGAUGAUGACGACGAGGGAGAUGAUGAUGAAGAAGAAAAUGGGGCUGCCAGUGCUCAUUCGGAUUCGGAAGAUAAUUCUGGUGACGAUGAUAGUCACGACGACCAAGACCAACCUGCUAACUAGCAGGAACUGACUGAGCUUUGCUGCCAAAUUCCUUCGAUUGUAUGUCAUCCUCUUUGAUGUUUUAGCCGCAAUACAAGUUGGCGACAGCUGUUUUGAAUCGAUCAAGAUGAUCAUUUUUUAUAUUGUUUAUUUUUUUUAUCUUUAGAUAUAGACUUCAGUAAAUUUUUGACGUUGAUUUCGGUUAUGUAUAUAUGGCUUCUAUUCUGAUUGCAUUAAUUUGUAAUAUUGACUGCAAUUCAUUUUGUAAUAUUUAAAGUUAUAUUGAAUUUAAUUAAAUGUUUUAAUUUAAGAUAUUUUCAAUAUUGUUAACCCAUUGAUGGCUAAAAGUUUUGAAAAAAAAAUUUGUUGCCUUCUUUUAUUUUUAAUUAAUGUUCAUAUAGACAAGGCGACAAGAUCGGGUUCGUUCAGAUAAAUAUUCCCAUGGGAUUUUUUGCAGUCACUUUCAUGAGAUGUUCCAGGAUAAGGUUCAAUAGAUCGUUCAUGCGAAAAGUUCUUCUUCUUUUGGCAUCAUAACCCUGAAUGGGUCUUUGCCUGUCUGGCUAUGUCCUUCCAUUCAGAUCUCUCUUGUGCCCUUCUUCUCCAUUGUCUCAUGUUCACGGUUUUCAGGUCGUCUUCCACAUCAUCCACCCAUCCCGUUCUGGGCCUUCCUUUUUGGCCUUCCUAUCGGCUUCCAUUGUAAUAUGUUCUUUGUUGUUUUUUCAUCGUCUUGUCUCUGCACAUGUCCCAGCCAUGACACAAAUCUUUGACUUUCCACAAAUCGUACAAUAUCGUAACCUUAAUUCAAUUUAUUAACCUCGUUUUUUCUCCUGAAUCUCCAAGUGCCGUCUUCCUCUUGCACCGGGCCAUAUACUUUUCUCAGUAUUUUUCUCUCGAAUGUCCUGAGUUGGGCUUCAUCCCUUUUCGUCAUUAUCCAGGUUUCACAGCCAUAGGUUACUACAGGUCUAACCAAUAUUCUGUAGAUAGUCAUUUUUGGUUCGUUUGUCUAAUAAUUUCGAUGUCAUCAAUCUUUUAUUAGAAUAGUGUGUAAGAUUCUGGAAAUACGUGCAUUAAUUUCGCUACUUACGGAAUUCUUCUGAUUGAUUUUUGUGCCCCAGAUAUGUGAAGGCAUCUAAUGAUGAACACGUUCAAUAGUUUAGUAGUUUUGACGAAAAGUAGUUCUAAUGUAUUUAAACAAUUUUUUAAAACAAACUGUAAAACUCCAUUUUUUCGACCCGUACAUUUUUUUUCAUUCUUGGGCCAUUCUGAACAAAAAAGGUCUCUUGUAAUUUUUCUUUAAAGUUGAUCGUUUUCGAGUUAUAACAAUUUAAAAUUAGAAAAGAAACCAAAAAUGACCAUUUUCAAGGUUCAAAAACAAACGUAAAAAUAUUUUUAAAUUCAUGUACUUAAAUUCAAGUGAAAACCUUGCUCUAUCAGAGGCCUAUACGUGUUUUUGGCUUAUUUUAUAUUAAAUUAUCGUGUUUUAAUUGUUAAUGUUAAAAUACUCUUGAAUUGAAUAUACAGGGUGUUUGGUAAAGAGUGGGCCAUAGCUUAACCUUAGAUUCCUGAGGUUAAAAUAGGUCAAUUUAAGCUAACUUACCUUCCAAGGGUAGCCGAAUAGGUCGAUUUAAGCUAACCAAAAGUUGAUAAUAACCGAAAUACAGGGUGUCAAAGUCAAACUUUUAUUUUAUUUAUUUUUAAAUAUUUCCUGACAGGCAUGGGACAACACGAAAUUUGGUAAGUGGUGCUGGUACUCUACACCCUAUUAUGGUGUUAAACAUGUUAAAUGUUUAAAUUAUGUUAAACAAACGUUUCUGGCUACUACCAGAGGCGUACGACGGGGGAACGUGAAUGGUUGACUCUUCCCAAAUUCUACGCCACUGGCGGAAUUUCUAUUUUAGUGCAAUUUUUUAUUCUUCAAUACUUUCUAUGUAAAUAACAUACUCUUCAUUUGUAACAAUAAAGCCAUUAGUUUUCGAGAUAUUUGAAGCUAAAAACGAAGGAGCAUAAUACAUUAAUCAAAGUAAGUGAGCCUUUUCAUUUUUAACUUCAAAUAUCUCGAAAACUAAUGACUUUAUCGUUACGAAUGAAGAGUAUAUUAUUUGCAUAGAAAGUAUUGUAGAAUCUAAAAAUUAUGCUAAAAUAGCAGUUUCGUCAGUGGCGUAGAAUUUGGGAAGGGUCAAUUAUUCACUUUCCCCUGUCGUACGUCUCUGGUAUUAACCAGAAACGAUUAUUUAACAUAAUUUAGUAGGGUGUAUAGUACCUACACUUUCUGCCAAGUAUCAUAAGAAUAUGUCAAAUAGUUUUAUAGUACCGGGCACACAUAUUUCUUAUAGUUUUAAAUAAAGAAUAAAUUAUUUAAAAAAAAAUACUUUAAAAUAAUUUGACAUAUCCCUGUAAUACUUGGCAGAAAGUGUAGGCACUGUACACCCUACUAAAUUAUGUUAAAUAAUUGGUUCUGGCUACUACCAGAGGCGUACGACAGGGGAAAGUGAAUGGUUAACCCUUCCAAAAUUCUACGCCACUGAUGAAACUGCUAUCUUAGCAUAAUUUUUAGAUUCUACAAUACAUAUGCAAAUAAUAUACUCUUCAUUCGUAACGAUAAAGUCAUUAGUUUUCGAGAUAUUUUAAGUUAAAAAUGAAAAGGCACACUUAUUUUGAUUAAUGUAUUCUGCUCCUUCGUUUUUAACUUCAAAUAUCUCGAAAAGUAAUGGCUUUAUCGUUACGAAUAAAGAGUAUGUUAUUUACAUAGAAAGUAUUGGAGAAUCAAAAAGUUGCACUAAAAUAGCAAUAGUAGAAUUUGGGAAGAGUCAACCAUUCACGUUCCCCCGUCGUACGUCUCUGGUAGUAGCCAGAAACGUUUGUUUAACAUAAUUAAGUAGGGUGUACAGUACCAGCACCACUUACCAAAUUUCGUGUUGUUGUCCCAUGCCUGUCAGGAAAUAUUAAAAAAUAAAUAAAAUAAAAGUUUAACUUUGACACCCUGUAUUUCGGUUAUCAUCAACUUUUAUACAAAGGUAAGUUAGCUUAAAUCGACCUAUUUAAACCUCAGGAAUCUAAGGUUAAGCUAUGGCCCAUUCUUCACCAAACACCCUGUAUGCACUUUUUAUAUUCAAACAUAAUAGGUUUGUGCGUAGUACGAUCCAAUCGAUCAGCAACCGUUGCCAACCAUCAGACGCAUGCGCAGUUAACAGUUAGCGCUGCGCAGUUAACAGUUCGACUUCGUAGACUACGAACGCGGUUGCGUCUGACGGUUGGCAACGGUUGCUGAUCGUUCUACGAACAAACCUAAUACGUAUUACUUCUGUUUUUAAGCCUUGAAAAUCGUGAUUUUUCGUUUUUUUUUCAGUUUUAAAUUGUUUAUAACUCGAAAACGAUUAAUUUUAGAGAAAAAUUAUAAGAGACCUUUUUUGUUCAGAAUACUCCAAAAACUCUAAAGAAUUGUACUGCCGAAAAAUUUAUUUUUACAAUGUGUUUAAAAAAAUGUUUUAAAUAAAUUAGGACCAGUUUUCGCAUGGGCGUUCUCUUGAACCUUAUCCUGGGGUAUAUCCUGAAAGCUUUUCCCCUUGUCUAAUAGGUAUAAAACUUUAAUUAGAAUAAUACUUUUGAUUUAUAUCGUUUGCAUUCACUACUGAUUAAAUAAACUAUCUUGUGUCUGCUUUUUUUAAUGUUUGGCCAUUGAUGGGUUGAAAAUAAAGGUUCUAUUCGAAGAUUUAUUCUUCAUGUCAUGUAGAGUAAGGCAGGACCUUAAAUUAACUAACAAUGUGUAUUAAAAUUACAAUUUAUAUUUUCAAUUGAAAAGUUGAACUAACCCUUAGUAAUAAGUUCUAUUUUAUUUAUUUAGUCACAGUCAAAAUAAAUAAAAUAGCUCAAAAACUCA